AUGUCGCAGUCGAAGCUUUCGGCGUUUGGCUUCACGGCAAAAGACGCACAAACAAACGAUGCUCGGCAAGGAUCGAGUGAAGAGUGUCAGCCGUCGACCAGUACAGACACUUCUUGUUCUAAAAUCCCCAAAAAGUACCCUAAACGUUUUCAAAAUAAGUGGUUGUCUGAGUUUUCCUGGCUGAAAUUUGAUUCCGAGAAAGGAACUAUGCACUGUUUGACUUGUUCAAAACCUAAUGUUACAAGUUCAGCUAGUAUAUUCGUCACGGGUUGUAAAAAUUUUCAACGGUCAGCACUUGUUAGACAUCAGGAUAGUGAUGAGCAUCGUUCUGCAGCCUUGGCUGUUAAGCAAAAAAUGUACAUGGACACUGCUGUCAAAGUUGUUGCCAAGGGGAUGUUGCCAAUAUUAGAAGCACAACUCAGAACAGCACUAUACAUGGCAUCUGAAAAUAUUGCAAACAGGAAGUUUCUUAGCAUGAUACACCUACAGAUAGCUAACACCCAUCGAUUUGCUGCUAGUGCAGGGACUAGUAUGGACCCAGUUGAGCGCCAGCAUGUGAAGGGUAUCUACACCAACCACCAGACACCAGCCAAACUCCAGGGCUAUUUAGCGAAUGUUUUGCAGGAAAUGGCUAUUGUCAGAAUACAUAAUAGUCCAUUUAUAGGAAUUAUGGUCGAUGAGUCACUAGACAUUGCAACAACUAAAAAACUUGUAAUGUUUUGCAAGAUAAUUAAUAAUGGUGAAAUUAGAAUUGAGUUUUGUUCAAAUAUAGACAUUGUCAAUGGUAAAGCUGAGACUGUGUAUGAUGCAAUUGUCAGUUGGCUUCAGUCUGUAGGUAUUCAAAGCGACCGGGUCUCUGGGUUUGGCAGUGAUGGGGCAGCAGUCAUGACAGGUAAACGCUCAGGAGUAGGUGUCCGACUGCAAGCUGACAACCCCCGUAUCAUUCACAUAUGGUGUGCAGUCCAUCGGGUAGCUCUAGUGUCUUACUGGGCAGCUAAGAAAAUCCCCUAUCUUCAAAAAGUUCAAUCAGUUUUGAUUAAUAUUUAUAACUUUUAUGAAUAUUCUGCACCUAGGUAUAACAAAAUAAGGGAAUUAAAAACACUGAUGGGUGGUAAAGUUAAAAAGUUCAAAAAACCAACUCAGGUAAGGUGGUUGUCUUUGCAAGAUGCAAUUGAGUCAGUGUACAACAGCUGGUCAUCAUUGGUACUUUGGCUUGAACAUGAAGUUGCAUCAGCACCUCAGAGCGAGGGUGGAAAUAAAGCUAAAGGUAUUUUAAAAGAAGUCAAAACAUUCAAAUUUAUUUCAACAGUGUGCCUUCUUAAAGAUAUCUUAGCUUCCUUGUGUAAAGUUUCAAGGUUUUUUCAAAAGGAUGUCAUAGACAUACAUCAUGUUGUUUCUAUGAUUACUGCCACCAGAGACACCCUGUCUGCAUUUGAAAGGCCAGAUUCUGAAACCAGCACAGUACUGACUUUAUUAGAAAGUAUUGAAGAAAGUGGUAUGUUUCAGGGUAUAACCCUGACAUGCUCUCUUAGAGAUAGGGCUGUGCUGUGUUCAGUCAGAAGAAAUUUUGUUAGGCAUAUACUUAGAGAAUUUGAUGAGAGAUUUCCUGCUGAUGACAUGGCAGUUUUGAAGGACAUGAAUUUCAUACUUAACCCAUCUCUACUGCCAGGUUCUCAGCAGGGAAUCAUUGAACAUGGUGUUGAUAGUCUGAACAGAGUUUUGAACUUUUUUGGUGAUAUGCUAAAUGCUCAAGAGACAAGGGACAAUUUCAUGCAGUUCAAAUUUUUAUUGAAUGUGAACAGACAACUCAGCCUUCAAAAUAUGUGCUUGCUGCUGGUUUCAACUCACAAUGAAACAUACCCAAACUUUGCAAAAAUGGCAUCUGUACUGAUGACAGUACCCCUCACAUCUGUGCCCUGUGAGAGGGGAUUCUCUUCUCAAAACAGACAUGUGAGCAAGUUCACAAGCAAACGUCUUGUGAAAAAUGUUGAAAACCGCAUGACCAUUGAAUAUUAUAUGAAACAGAAACCCAACACUGAUGAAAUCAUACAAAGGGCUGUAGAAAAAUGUAACCUGGCAGCUGUACAGUAG